CAGGAGGCCUAGGCCCUUCGCCCAAUGAAGAUGAGCGGACUGCACGGGGCUAGCUCCGAGCGGCAGUACUUAAGGCCAACCCCGCGCAGGGUGGGGAGGGGCGCAGGUCUGAACGACGGGGGAGCUGGCCAAUGGCGAGUAUGGAAGUGGGCAGCUCAGGCCAGGGGCGCGGAGGGAGCUCAGGGAGGAGGGAGGCCGAACCGGAGAGAAGCAGGAAGUAGCGGCGGCCCCGGGGAGGGCGGCGGCGGCGGCUGCUGGAGCUGGGUAGAGACGACUGCGUCUCGCCCACACUAGGAUCCGAGCAAAGUGGCUCUCGGGUGACCUCUAAAGCACUUGCACGCCGGAGGAGGAGGAGGAGGUUGCAGAGGUCUGGGACCUGCCGCUAUGGGGGAUAUGAAGACCCCUGAUUUUGAUGACCUCCUUGCUGCCUUUGACAUCCCUGACAUCGAUGCAAAUGAAGCCAUACACUCUGGGCCAGAAGAAAGUGAGGGGCCCGGAGGCCCGGGGAAGCCAGAGCCCAGUGUGAGAGGAGAAUCUGAAGGUGCAGCAGCGGCAGCUGGGGAUGACCCCGAGGUUCCAGCCCAGGCCUCUGACCACGGCCUGCAGCCUGCGGACAUUUCCACGGUCAGCGUCAUCGUCAAGAACACUGUGUGUCCGGAGCAGUCUGAGACCCUGUCUGGGGGUGCAGGAGGGGAAGGGGCCCGGGCUGGGGGGGUGACUAAGGAAGGCGCUUCGGGGGCUCCUCCGAUGCAGAAUGGAUUUGGGGUCUCCGAGCCAUCCCUUCCUGGAGCCCCGUCCUCUCCAGCCCCUCCCAGUGCGGGUUCCUGGAAGGAAAAAGCUGUAGAAGGCAAAGCUCCCUUGGACCUCUUUGCUCAUUUUGAGCCGGAGCCAGGGGAGCACCCAGACCCCCUGCCUCCUCCCGCGCCCUCCCCACCUCCUGAGGGGGCCUUGAGCCCGCCUCCUUUCCCCUCGCCCUUUGAGCUGGCCCCAGAGAAUGGCCCCGUGCUAUUGCCACCUAGCUCCUCCCCGCCGCCCGGGCCCUUGAAGAAGGGUAGCUGCAGCCCACUUCAUCCCCAGGGCCAAGGUCAGCGAGGCUCUAGUCCUGAGGUCGCAGGCGUCCCUGAAGGCGCCUCGCCUCCCCAGGUUGACGGGGUGCCCUUUUUCAAGCAGUCACCAGGGCACCAGAGCCCUCCUGCCUCUCCUAACGUGCCCAGCUCUAAGCCCCUGAAGGAAGAAGAAGAUGAGGGGCUGGUGGUGAAGUCUCCCCCUCGAAGUCCCCAGAGUCCCUCCAGUGGUGCCGAGGCUGCAGACGAGGACAGCAACGACUCCCCUGCCUCCUCCAACUCCUCUAGGCCCCUCAAGGUGCGGAUCAAGACCAUUAAAACAUCGUGCGGGAAUAUCACUAGGACUGUAACCCGCGUCCCCUCAGACCCUGAUCCCCCUGCCCCCUUGGCCGAGCCGAGCCUGCUGAAGCUGUCCCCUGCGGCCCCGGCCCCCGAGGGCCCAAAGGUGGUGAGUGUGCAGCUGGGCGACGGCACGAGGCUGAAAGGCACGGUGCUGCCCGUGGCCACCAUCCAGAACGCCAGCACUGCCAUGCUGAUGGCAGCGAGUGUGGCCCGCAAGGCUGUGGUUCUGCCUGGGGGCUCUGCCACCAGCCCUAAGAUGAUGGCUAAGAACGUGCUUGGCCUGGUGCCCCAAACCCUGCCCAAAGCUGAGGGGCGUGCAGGGCUGGGGACGGGGGGUCAGAAGGUGAACGGAGCCUCAGUGGUGAUGGUGCAGCCUUCAAAGCCAGCCGCCGGUCCAGGGACAGCGGGUGGCACAGUGAUCUCCCGGACCCAGUCCAGCCUGGUGGAGGCCUUCAACAAGAUCCUCAACAGCAAGAACCUGCUGCCCGCCUACAGGCCCAACCUGAGCCCGCCCGCUGAGGCAGGGCUGGCCCUCCCGCCCACCGGCUACCGCUGCCUGGAGUGUGGUGAUGCCUUCUCGCUGGAGAAGAGCCUGGCCCGGCACUACGACCGCCGGAGCAUGCGCAUCGAGGUCACCUGCAAUCACUGUGCCAGGCGCCUGGUCUUCUUCAACAAGUGCAGCCUGCUUUUGCACGCGCGCGAGCACAAGGACAAGGGGCUCGUCAUGCAGUGCUCGCACUUGGUCAUGAGGCCCGUGGCCCUUGACCAGAUGGUGGGGCAGCCAGACAUUACGCCCCUGCUGCCUGUGGCUGUGCCGCCUGCUCCCGGACCUCUGGUCUUGCCCAUCUUGGGCAAGGCUGAGGCGGCCCUCACCUCUGCCAUUGCUGCAGUUGCCACGGAGGCCCCUGUGCUGCCACUGUCGACAGAUCCACCCGCUGCUCCCGCCACCCCGUACACGUGCUUCCGCUGCCUGGAGUGCAAGCAGCAGUGCCGGGACAAGGCCGGCAUGGCCUCCCACUUCCAGCAGCCCGGGCCCCCAGCCCCCGGGGCCAGCAGCAAUGUGUGCCCGUCCUGUCCCAUGAUGCUGCCCAAUCGCUGCAGCUUCAGCGCCCACCAGCGCACGCAUAAGAACCGAGCCCCCCAUGUGUGCCCCGAGUGUGGGGGCAACUUCCUGCAAGCCAACUUCCAGACCCACCUGCGGGAGGCCUGUCUGCACUUCUCUCGGCGUGUGGGGUACAGGUGUCCCAGCUGCGCAGUGGUGUUCGGGGGUGUGAACUCCAUCAAGUCCCACAUCCAGACGUCACACUGCGAAGUUUUCCACAAGUGCCCCAUCUGUCCCAUGGCCUUCAAAUCUGCACCCAGCGCCCACGCCCAUGUCUACUCCCAGCAUCCGACCUUCCUCACGCAGCAGGCAAAGCUGAUCUACAAGUGCGCCAUGUGCGACACCGUCUUCACGCACAAGCCCCUCCUGUCCUCGCACUUCGACCAGCACCUGCUGCCCCAGCGCGUCAGUGUCUUCAAGUGCCCGUCUUGCCCUCUGCUCUUCGCCCAGAAGAGGACCAUGCUGGAGCAUCUCAAGAGCACCCAUCAGCCAGGGCGCGCAGAGGAGGAGGAGGAGGAGGCCCCGGGGAAAGGGGCUGCAGGUGCCCUGCUGACCCCCAAGACUGAGCCGGAGGAGCUGGCCGUGUCUCAGGGAGGGGCGGCCCCCGCCACCGAGGAGUCGUCCUCGUCGUCAGAAGAGGAGGAGCUGCCCAGCUCCCCUGAGCCCCGGCGCCCAGCCAAGCGGCCCCGACGGGAGCUGGGCAGCAAAGGCCUGAAGGGCGGGGGCGGCGGAAUAUACACUUAUAUAGCUACUACCAAAAAUAAGGGGGACGGGGAGGAGGCGGCGUCUCCCCUGUCCCGGGCUGACCCCGAGGGCGCCGACUGCCUGCCCGCUGCUGGAGGCCCGCUGACCUGUAAGGUCUGCGGCAAGAGCUGUGACAGCCCCCUCAACCUCAAGACCCACUUCCGCACGCACGGCAUGGCGUUCAUCAGGGCGCGGCAGGGGGGCAGUGGGGACAACUAGGCCCCGGGCCUGACCCGCGUCGUCCCCGGGAGCCUGGGUCUCGCUGCUGCCGCCCCUGACUCCCAGAUGGGGAGUUUCCCGUCACACUGGGUCCAGUCCCUCCUCCCCAGCCCUGCAGGAAAAGCUUUUGGGGAUCAUAGUGAUUUGCAGCUCCCUUUGGGGUUGGUCCUCGGGUCCUGGCCACACGGGCCCUCCUUUCCUCCCCUCCAAACCCGACACUAACCGCGCUCCUGCUGCAGUGGGUGGGAGGACAGGCCCCUGGUGACCCUGCAGGCAGGCGUGGGGCGGGUGACAGGGCGCUAGCCCUUCACGCGUCCUUCAGGCACCGAUGGACACGGACUGCUGUCUCUUCCCCUGGGCUGGGCCCUGCCCUACUACCCCACACCCGGCACUCGAGCUCCUCACCCCUGCAGUGCCUUUCACGUGUCUUUUUCCCCAGAAAUCCAGGCGGGGGGGUUGGUGGGGAGGAGUCCUGUGGGGGGGGGUUCAGGAAGAGGAGGGGACAGGCUCUCAGGAAUCCUUUAUUCUUGUAGUAACAAUACUAACUGGGAGGAACCAGACCAUUAAAACUGCUCGCGGUUGAACCCCCA